AUGCCGCUCAGACCCCCGACUGCCCUGGAGGUGGUCCUUCUGUGUUCCAGCCGCUCAGACCCCCGACUGCCCUGGAGGUGGUCCCUCUGUGUUCCAGCCGCUCAGACCCCCGACUGCCCUGGAGGUGGUCCCUCUGUGUUCCAGCCGCUCAGACCCCCGACUGCCCUGGAGGUGGUCCCUCUGUGUUCCAGCCGCUCAGACCCCCGACUGCCCUGGAGGUGGUCCCUCUGUGUUCCAGCCGCUCAGACCCCCGACUGCCCUGGAGGAGGCUCUGCAUUCCUCCUCAGCAGCGGAACACUCGAGUCGGUGUCUGAACCCGAGACCAGUUUCCAGAGUAUUUUACCUUUGUCUCGGUGUGAAACUCAAGAACAGGUCGAGCCCUCGGUGCAAGCGGCGUUUGGACGAGUGAAGUUUGAGCGGAUUUUAGCCACAGUCGUCGGCAGGUCAUGGUCAGACGAGGCCAGGUCUAAGAAGUGUGUAAACAGGAGGAGCACGAGGCUGCAGCAGCGGGAACACAACAACCCCGAGACCAGGAGGAGCACGAGGCUGCAGCAGCGGGAACACAACAACACCGAGACCAGGAGGAGCAUGAGGCUGCAGCAGCGGGAACACAACAACACCGAGACCAGGAGGAGCACGAGGCUGCAGCAGCGGGAUCACAACAACACCGAGACCAGGAGGAGCACGAGGCUGCAGCAGCGGGAUCACAACAACACCGAGACCAGGAGGAGCACGAGGCUGCAGCAGCGGGAUCACAACAACACAGAGACCCGGACAAAAAACAUGUAUUCUACAGAAACCCUGCAUGAUAUCUACCGGGACCGAAAUAAAAAGGAGCUUGCUUGGAGGAGGGUUAGCGAGGUGGUUGGUGUCUCGGUGGAAGUUUGCAAAAAGCGGUGGAAGAAUCUGAGGGACACAUAUGAGGUGCUGAAGAUACUGCCACCACCACACAAGGACACCAGCCGCGCAGAUAAAAGGCUUAGUCAGCUCCACUCAGGACGCAUCAACACACGCCCUGGGUGUGAAGACCUCCUGCUGUGUGCCCUUGAGCAGGACACCAUCUGCUCGCUCAGCAGGACACAGGGCACAGGAGGUGGUGAUUCCCAGAGAGCUGAAGCUUUCGGAGGGUAUUUUUUGCUCUACCCGGCCGACCCCCUCACCCUCCCUCACCCUCCCUCACCCCCCUCACCCCCCUCACCCUUCCUCACCCCUCCUCACCCCUCCUCACCUCCCUCACCCCCUCACCCCUCCUCACCCCCCUCACCCCUCCUCACCCCCCUCACCCCUCCUCACCCUCCCUCACCCCUCCUUACCCUCCCUCACCCCUCCUCACCCUUCCUCACCCCUCCUCACCUCCCUCACCCCCCUCACCCCUCCUCACCUCCCUCACCCUUCCUCACCGUCCCUCACCCCUCCUCACCUCCCUCACCCUUCCUCACCCCUCCUCACCCCUCCUCACCUCCCUCACCCCCCUCACCCCUCCUCACCUCCCUCACCCUUCCUCACCGUCCCUCACCCCUCCUCACCUCCCUCACCCCUCCUCACCUCCCUCACCCUUCCUCACCCCUCCUCACCCCUCCUCACCUCCCUCACCCUUCCUCACCCCUCCUCACCCCUCCUCACCUCCCUCACCCCCCUCACCCCUCCUCACCUCCCUCACCCUUCCUCACCGUCCCUCACCCCUCCUCACCUCCCUCACCCUUCCUCACCCCUCCUCACCCUCCCUCACCCCUCCUCACCCCCUCACCCUUCCUCCACGAGCUACAAGAGGCAGGGGGGGGGGGGGGGCUGUGUGCUGCCGCCACUGAAGAGAACCCUCUCCCCUCUAUGCUCGGGCAUCGUCCUUCUGGCUUUUGUUCCGACAAACUCAUUACGGAACACAGACCUGAAUGGGGAGAGCACAGACCGGUGCGUCUGGGGCUGAAUGGAGAGAACACAGACCCGUCUCGGGCUGAAUGGAGAGAGCACAGACCCGUCUCGGGCUGA